AUGAUAUUAUUCCCACUGUUGUUGUUCCUUGCUGCUGUGUUACCCCCAUCCGUUCUUCGAGAAUACUAUGAGAAUAUGAAUUUUGAGGAUCUGACCACCACUAGAGUGUCAGUCCAAGAAGAGAUUGUAAACAAGCACAACCAACUGAGAAGAAUGGUUUCUCCCCCUGGUAGUGACUUACUAAAGAUGCAAUGGAGCAAUGAUGCCCGAGUGAAUGCACAGAGGUGGGCAAGCCAAUGCUCUUACCACCACAGUCCUGCAGAUUCCAGGACCACCAACAUAAGAUGUGGUGAGAAUAUCUUCAUGGCAAGUUAUCCAGCAUCAUGGUCUCGUGCAAUCCAAAGCUGGUUUAAUGAAGCCAAAGAUUUCAAGUUUGGUUCAGGCCCAAAUCCAUCUGAUGCAUUGGUUGGACAUUAUACUCAGGUUGUUUGGAAUUCAUCUUUCCAAGUUGCAUGUGGAGUUGCUAAGUGUUCUCACCAAUUAUUGCAAUUCAUAUAUGUUUGUCACUAUUGUCCUCCUGGUAAUUUUGCAAAAAGACAAUACAUUCCUUACACAAUAGGACAACCAUGUGCCCUUUGUCCUGAUCACUGUGAAGAUGGACUGUGCAUGAAUAGUUGUGAAUACGAAGAUAAGUUUUCUAACUGUGCAGAAUUGAAGGCUUCACUAACAUGUGACUAUCCAAUGGUUAAACAAGAGUGCAAAGCUACAUGUAACUGUGAAGGCAAAAUUCAUUAA